CUCAUAUUUAAAAAAGUCUUCAAGAAAAUUGUAAUAUUCUUGCAACAGCUUCUAGAGUUAGAGUGAAAGUAAGUGUAAUUUACUCACCUAUCCUUCCAAGGCUGGAAAAAAGUUUGAUGAUAUUGUUUUAAGUAGAUAUAUUUUACGAAGUCAGUGUAACACAAAUCAGUCGGCUUCGUUAAUAUAUGGAAUUGCCAUAUACAAUCCCGUUUAUCGAAACUUGUAAAAAGAAUCAUUAAGUUGCAGAAAAUAUUUUUUCCAGUGAGACAUUCCUGUUUGGUUGAAUUUCUACUUAAAAGUGACCUUCACUAAUUAACUCUGUAACAGUCAUGAAUCUUAAAGGAAUGAAAACGUCAAAUCAACCCCGUAUGAUUCUCAGUCGACUGCAAGUUUUCACAAUUAUUUUUAUCGCGAUUUUGAGAACUGGUACAUCAAACGAUGACGGACAACUUUUUAGGAAAACAACCGAGUCAAAAUGCUUGAAACUUCCAAUUGUACGUACCGGAUAUACGUCGUCCGUCACAGAAUGUGCAUUACAGUGUAUGAUGAAUGAGGAGUGUGGCUAUUUUAGCUAUUGUGAUGGACUGUGCAAAAUGUAUGAAUUGUUCUCCACGGAAGACAUUCAGGAUUAUUCCUGCAGCUGUUUAUCUUAUGUAAGGUUCUCGGGAAACAGUACAAGCUGGCAGAAGGUAUUUGAGAUAAACGAAAUCUCGUUUAAAAGGAGUCCUAUUUAUAAAUACUGGGACAGUUUGCCUAUUGAAAAGGUGAAACUCACCUUGAGAAAAAAUAAAGCUGAUGUUCACUCAUUAACUUUCGAUGGAAAAGAGACAAAUUACACAUCGUGGUUCCAGUAUGAAAAACUCAUCUCAGUACCGUGGUUUGGAGAUGUAAAAGUCAACUACGAGUUCAAAUAUGCUGAGGAGAUUAUUGCCAUCGGACCAGUUAAUAAUGAUAACUAUGGUGCGCUGAAAGCAGGCAAGACAAAUAGUUUGCAUUAUUAUAUUCGUUACAGAGAGGACUUUACUGUGGAAAACAGUAAAGCUCCACUAGAAGCUCUGGAUAUCUACGCAUUAUUGAAGUAGAAUUCAUAUUACUCCUGGAAUUACUUAUGUUAAUAUGUGUGUGUAUGUGUGAAUGUGUAUGUGUGUGUAAGCGAGUCGAUCACACACCUCACACAUAUAAAUUCCCCCUCCACCUACACACCUGUAUACCGCCCACAUUGGUAACCUCACCACACUACGAUACUCAAACAUAUACACACUGUUCAACUCAUCAUUGACUUAAAAUACUAUUACACACACACCCACAACACCUUUCUACUCUACAUACACUACCACCAAACACUUCUAAACACCCACACCACACACUUACACAAAAUCUUUAAUAACGGUACUACACAUAGCAAUAUACGAGCAGCCACACACACUCAGUACACACACCACACACUAUCAUGCACACUACCACAACCACACAAGUACAUAAUACCUGGACACAAACAGUAUAUAUUCUCACACCCACGUAGGCAUACAAUACCUAAACAAAGACAACAUAUACAGACACACAGAACACGCAUGAUGCACGCAAUACGCAUAGAUAAAGAUAACGUUUGCCCACAAGCAUACACUAUACACAUGCACAAAAUUUGGUCACAGACACACACACAUACACAUGUGAUCACACCACUUGAAAAGCACACAACGACUGCUACACGCAACAAACACACACACACACGUUACACACGCACACACACGUCUAAAUUACUCGCCAUUAUUCGCACAUUCAUACUCACGUACACACGCCUGCGCACCUUAGUUCGUUGGGAUUACUAUUACUAUCUCCCUUUCAUUCGGCCUCUUCUCUUCCUAGCCAUACGCCAUACACUGUUUUCUUCUCUCUCCGUUUUUUUCAUUCUCUCUCCAUUUUGCCUCUUAUUCCUUUCUGUCGAAGAACGUAGACUCGAAACAUAAAAGAUUUUUCCAUUUUCCCCGAAUGUUGCACUAAUACACUUAAUUAUUGUUACUAUGCCUAUCUUCGUAUUUUCUUUUUCUGUAAAUUUGAAAUACACAAACACACACCACACACACACAUACACAAACUACGUACACACUUACACGCGCGUGCACAAGCAUAAAUCACUAAAUAAGAUACGUAAUCCAUAUUCUUUAGUGGAACAAAAUAUAUAUUUUGUUUCACCAAUGUCUCAUCAGAAACUAAAAAACGAAAGUUUUGGAAGAUUUAAUUUAUGAUGAAUAUCAUUUGCAGACAGACCAACGGGCUCAAGACAGACGAGGCCGUUUAAAUCCUCGGCUGCACCCUGAUAACUACUGGGCUUUAGAUAGAUAGAUAGAUAG